GGCACCGCCCGCCGAGCCCCCCGCCCGCCUCCCGCCCAGCCCCGCGCCGCCAUGGACGGGGGCGCCUUCGGAGCGGGGAAAGCCGGCGGAGCCUUCGACCCGCAAGCCUUCAUCCGGCAGCCGCACACCCUCCUGCGGCUCGUCUCAUGGGUGUUCUCCAUCGUGGUGUUUGGCUCCAUUGUCAAUGAAGGGUACGUGAACCGCCUGGACGAGACACAAGAGCACUGCAUUUUCAACCGCAAUCGCAAUGCCUGCAACUACGGCAUUACCGUGGGUGUCCUCGCCUUCCUCAGCUGCCUUCUAUACCUGGCUCUGGAUGCCUACUUCCCACAGAUCAGCAGUGUCAAGGACCGCAAGAAGGCAGUGCUCUCGGACAUCGGAGUCUCGGCCUUUUGGGCAUUCCUCUGGUUUGUUGGCUUCUGCUUUCUGACCAACCAGUGGCAAGCUUCAAAGGAAGAGGACAACCCAAUGAAUGAGGGAGGGGAUGCAGCCCGUGCAGCCAUCACGUUCUCGUUCUUCUCCAUCUUCACCUGGGGUUUCCUCACAUAUCUGGCUUUCCGGAGACUCAGAGACAUUACUUUUCAGGAAGAAUACAAUACCCUGUUCCCUAACUCCCCGUCCUUGCUGCCUUAGUGUCCCUUACUGAUGGGGGAGUUCAGGAGAAGGGAUGCAGCUGGAGGAGGUUACUGAGCAGACUGUUCCAACACCCUGACCAUGAGUGUGUAAUCACUGCCGGGCACUGGGUGGGACAUUGAACUGGUUUGGGGUUGCCCACUGAACAGGGAAUGUCUCUCUAGGGAGUUGGAACUGGCAGCUUCUCCUCCUGGUCUGCUCUCUUCCCUCCUUCACUGUACCCUAACUAAUGUUGCAUAACAGCACUGUGCCUUUCUUCUGACUACUGCUCAGACCUAAUACUUCAGCCAGGAGAUGCCCUCUGCCCUCACUACUUUAUCUCCUCCAUUUCUUCCCAGCCCUCAUUCCUUGAAAACCUCUCCCUCCACCACCUGCUAGACUGCUCAUCUCUAUCAGAGAUGCUCUGGGACAACAAGCCAUGCCUGCUGGGGUCUGCAAUGCUCACACCCAUGCCUGGGUUCUCUAUGCCCAUCAAAGGGUGUCCUGCCUGUCAUGCCCAAGGCAGGAGGCAGCAGUACACUUGCUAACCAUCCCCUGGCCUGGGAAGCAGCCUCCUUACCUCCUGCUGCUCCAUCCCAAGGUCUGUGCUGCACCCUGUGGAUGCUGCCUUGUGAAGAGGCUACAGGGGGUGACCACUACCUUGAUACCUCAAAUCCCACUCUCCUUCAUGACCUCUGCAGGCAAAACAGCUGCAUACGUCCAGCCCAGCGGAUGAACUUUCUUCACUGUUGCUGAGGCAGGUUGCCUUUCCCAGGGGCAGGAAGGACUGAAUGGGAUAACCACGUGCCAGCUGAGCCUCUGCAGCCUGUGCCACCUCGGUGAAAGCCCACUGAUGAGCAGGAGGUGCCCAGCACACCCCAGAGAUAGCGGGGAGCCCCUGGCAGGCUGCAGACAGCCAUCUGGGCUGGCAGCUAUCCCUGCCUGUCCCUCCUCCCAGGCAGGGGGCUCGUGCUUUCCAUGGGGCAGCCUAAACUUCCAUGCUCUCAGGGGUGUUUCACCAGCGGUCUGACACGCGGGCCUUACGCACUAAUCCGUAACCACUACUAACCCCACUUUUGUUUGUUUCUCUUUCUUGGUAUGUUCCCCCCCCCCCCUUCCCUUCUCUCCUCCCCUCUCUGCUUCCCACCUCUUCCCUCCACCUCCUCCCUCAAAGGUGGGACAGGCAUUCUUGGCGUAUCAGCGGUUCCAGCUGGGUGCCGAUUCGGCCCUCUUCUCCCAGGACUACAUGGACCCAAGCCAGGACUCCGGCAUGCCUUAUGCUCCCUACACAAACGAGGAGGAUGCUACAGAUGCGGUGGGGACAUACCAGCAGCCCCCUCCAGCAGAUGCUUUCGACACUGAGACACAGGGGUACCAAACGCAGAACUACUGAGCCACCAAUGCCCCUUUCCCUUCCCCUUUCCCCUCUGCCCCUUUUCCCGCUGCCAGCAGAAAGCCGAGGCACAAACCAGACACGUGCGCAGUGGCACAAGAGGUGGCUCUCAGCUAUGCUCCAGCCUUCUGGGUCAUCUGUUUUUAUUUAUUGUUUUUAAAAAAGGCAAAAAAAAAAAAAAAAAAAAAAGGUUUCCCCCAUCACCUCUUCCUUCUCCUCCACCCCAGAAAACUACCUGCCAGUACCAAAUUCUUCCAAAAUCUGUCACUGCAUUGUGACAAAGAGGUUCCCCCUUCUCUCCCUUCUGCCUUGCUGCAGAGGGCAGCAGAGUCUGGCUGGUGGGCAGGAGAGGGGCUGUGGCACCAGCAAGGCAGGGGAGAGGGUGCUGGAGGCAGAGGGAAGGAAUGAGAGGGAUUGGGGACCUUGAUAGAAGAGGCAGUGUCGCUAAAGGCUGGAGCAGAUGUGGGAGCAUCCUAAUUGUGCUGGAGGGCCUGGUGGCUCAGGGAGGGGAACAGUUUUGGAGUCAGCAUGCAGGUGUGGAGGGGAUGCUGGAGGGGAGGGGGAUGGGCAUCCCCCCUGAAGAGAAAGGGGGGUGAGGGAGGGGAGCUUUAUUUUUUGAGGGUUUGGGGAGAAGUGGUAUUGGGGGAUGGGAAGCACAAAUAGAUUAAAAGGAGAAGGGAGGAGGAGGAUUUGCAGGUACAAUCAAAGACCACAGGCAUGUCUGUAGGCACAGCAAGAAGCUUGGUAGGACAGAGGGGCAGUGCCAUUAGUCACUCCUUCCCCAGCCCCCUUGGAAUGAGGUGGAGGUGGUUCCCCUCACCUGUACAUCCUGCUCACCACUCUUCUCAGACCAGUGUUUCAUGAGGCAGGAGGGGAGCCAUGCCCAGUUCCUGGCUCCCAAACCCAGUACCUGAGGGGGGAAGGAUGAAGGAGGUGGACUUCUAGGGGAUACUGAGAGGCCUCGUCCCCAGCUGGCCUGGCUCAAGAGAGAGAAGAAGGCUUUGCCAUGUUGCUCUGAGCAGGAGGAGAAGAAAACCAGUUUCACUCCUCAGGUCCUUCUGAACCCUCCUCCAUUACUCUGCUGCCACAGUGCAAAGCAUCUUACUACUACCAUCUUUGUAGGGCACAGGAAUGAAGCAGGAUUUCUUCUAAAGAAAUACUGCUCCUGGCACAGCCACCAUGCAUCUGGCUCUUGUAUAAGGAUGCAACCAAGCGGGGAAGGGUCCUGCCCCACACAGCUUCUCUUUGCCUCUCACUCAGAUGGGGAGGAGGCCUUGAUGUGCAGAGAAUUGGCUGGGGCCAGACUUAUCUCUCUGAAAGUUGAGCUUGCUGUAAUUUAUUUAGGCUAUACCUUAGUGCAUCUUCUGCUGCAUCUCAGAUCCUGGAUGUCUUUAAAGCCUUAUCUAGGUGGCAGCAGUGACUCUCAGAUAGGGCUCACAUGGACAUCAUUCUACACUCAUGAUUCUGCUUCAAAUAAAGACACAGCUGUGGAAGCACACUCUUUAGUCAUGGGUAGAAGUAAUGUCUGUGUUUGAAGAUAGUCCUGAAAGGAAAAUAAUUCAGCAAUAGCCACCUGGACAGACAUCUCUCAGAGCACAAGAGGCAGGGUAUGCCUUGCAGUGGUGCAAAGUUUCAUUCCCCAGCCAGCCACUCUGCUCCACACAACACUGGCCUCAGGAGCAGAUCCAAAAUACAUAGGUGCUUCUCUUCAAUGUCCUGCCUAUUCUCUGUAGCACCCUGAGGAAUCAGGAGGAUGGGACACAGGUCUGGCCUGCAGUUGUGUGAACAUGCCAUCAGGAGGGCACCAAGUUCACCACUCUCUCCUCUCUUCCCAGCGUGAGUCCUUUCCAGCUGCCUCACAAUGAUGGGGAAGGUGUAGAAACCAUAGAGCUUCAGGCCCCAAGAGAGUAGGGGGACAAUUGUUCCUGAUGUAUAUAGGCCCUGUUUCUACCUGCUCCCACCAGCAGGCUUGUGCUGCUGGUAGCUGUCCCCAUGGCUUGUCCUACCCAUGGCUUAUCCUACCCAUGGCUUGCUUCCCCCUUGCUGGUGAUUGACCACUGGUGAGGAUGGGGGACCAGCUGGCCCUGUGGAUGCACCAGGAGGGAGUGGGCACACAUCCCUUGCUCUGUGGCUGCAAGCAAAAGCAAUACUGUAAAUAGGAGGGGUAUUUUUUGGAGGGAAGCCCCUCAGGCUUCUUUUUCUGUGGUCUCAGCCUAAUAUUUAGGCUUGAGAGGGGGUUACUUUAUUGAGAGAAGUUUGUUAUGACUGUGUCUGUGGGGGGCACUCCCUCCAGUCGGUCUCUCCCAAGAGGGGGGAGGACAUAGUGAGUGAUGAGGUGGAGGAAGAGAAAAACUAGUUGCACUCACCCAAACUCUUCUGUGCCAUCCUUCAUGCUUUGUGUUUUUGGGGGUGUGGGGAGGUAGGGACCAAGAGGAGGAGAAGGUUAUAAAUUACCUGUCCUCAGCACAAAAAUAUCUUGUACUUUUUGUGAGGAACUACCCAUCAUGUUUCCUCAGUGGGGGAGUGAGGGCCUCGGUGCAUGAGAAGAAAGAGGUAUGGACCACUCAUGGGGGUUCUGCCUGGGCAUCUUACAGUCCCCUUCACUCAGCAGAGUUACGUAGAUGGCUAAAUGCCAUUUAGGGGUGACUAAUGAGCAAGCUUUUCUAAAUCCUCUUUGGCUUGCUUCCCUCAUGUAACCAGCUAAUAGGCUCUGGUGGGUUUGAGGUAGGAGCCUCCCCCUCAAAGCCAGAACUUCAAUGAGACAUGAGCCACCGUGGCUUCAUCUGGGGUUAGUGCCCAUCUCUCUGUCCCUUUCCAUGUUGCUUUGUGUUAUGAGAAAGGCAGGGAACACUACAAAAGUAGAUAUUAAGGCAACACCUUGUUCUUGCUUAUUGGAGAAGGUGUAUUUUCCUUGGGUUGUUGUGCUUUCAGCCUUUGCAGUGCAGGGUUGGUGGUAACAGAGCUGGGGGUGGGACUCUCCUUGUUUGCAUGUAGCUCUUUAAAAAGCUAUUUCCAGUGGCAUUUAGCUGGUUCUGCAGCUGAUGAGAGAUAUGGACCUACCCAAAGGGUUGGUUAUCUUAUCUUAUCUUACCUUCACUUACCUUAGGCACUUCUGAAUAGGUGCUGCCAAUUUCUGGUGAUUCUGGACAUCAUAGGCAAGAGCAUCUGGCUGAAACAUGUCCCUUUUAGAUCCUAAACAUAGGUGAGAUCAGCCCCGCUCCAGCGAUUAGAAGAUCAAAGGAAAGGCUGAAUAAGCAAAAUGAUAAGGCAGCUUUCUUCCCUCCCUUUCUCCUUCCCCCCCCCAUUUGUUUGGAUUACAGAGGAUUAUGCAUACCCUGUCAGGAGCACGGGCCCCUUGAUGUCAUUUUACUUUAGAAAGCCCCCAAGUAAGGGACUGUUUUAUGGACAUAGGGGCUGUGAAGGACAAAGAGCUGAUGAAACUCUGCCCCAAUUCUACCUGUUGCUUCAGUCUCCUGUUGUCUCCCCAUCUCUGGCUCACCCAUGUCCCCACCACACUGUUUGUCACCUCAUUACAUACCCUUCCCCCCUGUAUUAUUCCUGGCAGUUCCCUCAGGGGAGGAGGCAUUUUUGUCCCUGCACUCUCACAAGCACUUGGGAGGACCCAGGAAGGCAGCGUUGCAGGGUGCUUCCCACAGGACUCUCAGCUCCAGUCCCCAGAGCAGGUACAAGGCAAGGAGCCCAGCGAGGCCACCUCAUGCAGCGAGCCCAAACUUUCCAUCCCUGCUGCCUGCGUGGCACCUGUAACACCACCUGGGCUGCCCUGCCCCUUCCCGUGCCGCAUUACUGCCUGUGUAUAGUAUAUAUAUUAUAUAUAUAUAUUUAAAAAGAUGUAUAAUAUAAAGCUAUACAUAUAUACGUAUAUAUGAUGACUCACGGAUGGCCUGCUGCAUACAGGGUCCCCUGAGUGGUCUUGUCUAAGCCCGAGUGUCCCUUCACCCCUCCUACUCCUCCUCCUCCGUCCCUCACCCCUGUCUGCUCCGAAAUCCAAGUACAGCAAACCCCGCCACCUCGGCACCUGUGUUUACAAUGUCCUAUAUAUUUGUGGUUAACAAAGUGAAGGUGGUAACUACUGGUGUCUCAAUAAAGUUAUGACAUUCAAAAUAACCAAAAUAUAUGGA